AUGGCUUGGGGAGUUGAUAGCGUGCACCUUCGCCUCAAAAAGCGCAACUCGGCAGAUGACAAUCACAACACGCUCGCUGCGGGGGAGGUGGAAAAGGAUCUCGGUUUAGAAGAGAUCCUAGAAGCCUCCCUCAAUAUACAGAAAGUGGAGAAGGGUGAGCUGGAGGAAGUGUCCAACCCCGAGAAGGUACUGAGGCCAGAUGCUGAAGACGAUCUAACAGUGGUGGCGGUGGAGGGCUGCAAGGAUGAGAUGUUACUCUUUGGGUCUUGUUAUGUGCCACAUGAUGAAGAUGGAACUUCGAAAGCUGGUAGAAACAGCUGCCAGAAAGAAUCACGCUCUGGUGGUAGGAACGGACGCAAACGCACAUCACACGCUCUGGGAUCGCAACAACAACAAACACACAAUACUAGAAUGGAGUCGGUGAAAACCGUACGAAUUUUCAUGGUUGCUGUUGCGGCUAAUUUAUCAGCCUUUGCGGCGGGCACUUGCAUCGGUUGGACGUCACCAGUGGGACCCAAAUUAAAAGCCUUGGACUCUACAGAUUCCCCACUCGAUCAUCCCAUCACCACAGUGGACGAUGCAUGGAUUUCAUCCAUUUUCUUAUUGGGUGCUGUAGCAGCACCCUUCAUUGCUAGCCCACUUAACGAUAGGUUUGGUCGCAAAUGGGUACUUCUUUCUAGUUCCAUCUUCUUCAUUCUCGGCUAUGUUAUUUUGAUGCUCGCUAGCGAGGUUUGGAUGUUGCUGGUCGGUCGUCUCGUAAAGGGCUUUGGCGCUGGUUUUGUCUUAAGUGUGCUACCUAUGUAUAAUGGUGAGAUUGCAAUAGAUGCGGUACGUGGCGCCAUCGGCACGUUGUUGAAACUUUUCGUGGUUUCUGGCAUUCUAUACACGUACGUCAUCGGUCCCUAUGUCUCGUAUGUAACUUUGCAGUGGUGCUGUUUGGCUGUACCGAUUGUUUUCGGUAUCAUCUUCUAUUUCAUGCCUGAGAGUCCUCACUACCUUGCCGGCAAAGGCCAGAAAGCGGAUGCUUUAAAUUCCCUGCAAUUCUUGCGUGGUCAAAGCCCUGAUAUUUUACAACAUGAAAUGGCUAUUAUACAGAGUGGAGUGGAGGAGUUCAGAGCCAAUAAGGGUUCCGUUAUGGAUGUUCUUAAGAGUAAGGGCAAUCGUAAAGCUCUGAUUAUCUCCACCGGUCUGAUCAUGUUCCAGCAAUUAUGCGGUGUCAGCGCCGUACUCUUCAACAGUCAAUCCAUCUUCGAAAGUGCCAACAUCAGUGUGGAUUCAGCCAUUGCCAGCAUUAUUGUAGGUAGCGCUCAAGUUGGUGCAGCCGCUUUGACACCUUUUUUUGUUGAUCGUUUUGGUCGCAAAGUAAUUUUGCUAGUUUCGGCGCUUGGAAUGUUUGUCGGCUUGACAGCAUUGGGUGCCUUCUUCUAUGUACAACAAGUGGUGGGUGAUGCAAGUAAUUUAACCUGGUUGCCGGUACCUGCAUUGGUGCUUUUCAAUAUUGUCUACAGCAUCGGAUUCGGUCCACUACCAUGGGCGGUGCUGGGUGAAACGUUCCCAGCGAAUGUUAAGUCAAUCGCCUCCUCGAUUGUGACAUCCAUAUGCUUUCUUACUUCUUUCGUGGUUACACGUUGGUACCCCCCGCUGAACGCUUUGGGUUCAUACUACGCAUUUUGGUUGUUUGCCAUUUUCUGCGUUGCAGCCUUCUUCUUCACCCUCUUUGUGGUGAUGGAAACCAAGGGGCUGAGUCUUCAGGAAAUUCAAGACAGACUAAAUGGAAAGAAACCAAACUGA